ACCACAGACCACAGACCACAGACCCGCCGACCACGGGACACGGCACGGCAUACCACGGCACAAAUCCAGGCCAGGACGAGUCCCAGGGCCACCCAGAGUACCAGAGUGAGCCCAACACUGAACGGCGCCAUCCUCCCUCCCGUGACGCGGACGGGCCACGGACCACAGCGCCAGCAAGUUCUAGGAAAGCUUUUUUUCCCACUCGCCGCCCAGGCCCCAGCCAGGCACAGGUAGCUACAAGCAGGGGUCAGAGGCUCUGUGUAACCAAAUCUCGGCUCAUGCUUCUGCAUUUGCCCAGGCAAGCCAGGUCCACUGCAGUGGCUUUUCUAGGUUCUCCCACCACUCCUCCGCCGGCAUUCUGAUCAGACGCGCGCUUGCUCGCCUGCUCGCCUGCUCGCGCCUACCUGUCCCACUGCUCAAGGGGGCGCAUUCUCUCUAGUCGACUUCGUUUCUCAAGCCCCUCGCCAAUCGCUCGUUCUUAUUCGGCGGUCUCGUUCUGGGGGGGCAUUACGACAAUUACAUGUCGUUCCGCUUUCCCUUUUCCCUUCUGCUCCACCGCCCGUCCGGCCAACAUCUUUCUUCUCCUCUGAGAGCUGCCUUGCACUUGGCCUGUGAUAUCCACGCCCUUCUCACACGGCCGGCAUUCCCAAAACGCCCCUCCUUUCACCUGAAAUGUCACCCGCUCGCUGUGAUCGCACAUAGGUUUUUUGCAUGAUGGAUGCCUUUACCGAAGACGAGAAGCGCUUCGUGCUCGCUGAAUACAUCAAGGCCAGUCAGGUGGAGACUGACCAGCUCGUCGAGUUCAUUAAGGCGUACAAUUUGCAGGCUGACUGGUUCGCAAUGCAGCUGCCUGGAGGUCGGAACAUGCACCAGUGCAUGCGCGCGGCAUCGCAGCUGCUGGACAGGGAACUGCAACUUCCCAGCCUCCCCAACUUGAAGAGGAAGUCUGUGAGCGACUUCAGCGAACACGUCCCCAAACGAGUGGCUUCAAUGACGCCCAUACAAUAUCAACCGCGACCGCCUCCCCUUCCUCAGCCGUUGCCUCUGGCUCAGCCUCAGCCUCAGCUUCAGCCGCAGCCGCAGCCGCAGCCGCAGCCCGCCCAGCUUCACCAACCCGUCGCAACUUCACGAGCCAUUCAACCACGACCGUCUUCGGAUCCCAAACAGACGACCGCGGAAGGAUAUGGUGUCUUCCAAUCCAAGUCGCCCUCUAAUGGUUAUGGUGUGUUCCAAUCAAAUCCCACGGUGCGGAAGCGAGGCAGGCCGUCCAAGGCGGAGAAAGAAGCGCAGGCCCGGGCAAAUUCCGCAAAUUAUCCGACCAGCACUCCUGUUCCUAUCAGCCCGAAGCCAGCGAUCUCGCCAGCCGCAGCUACCACCCCGGUUGUGAGCCAUGCAAGCACGAGGACAGCAUACCACACUGCCACUCGACCCCCAGACUCAAGACCCACAGGUGGAGGUAACACAGGAGUUGCUGGGGAGGUGGCACGCAGCCUUCCAAAACACUACACGGAACAAGCGAAAUCGGAGAAGUCGCCUUCCAUAGGAAAUCUCGUCACACCCGAACCGGCAAGGGAGCCGCAUAGGGGCUCACCCCCAUCCCUUGUACGGCCAGCGGUUCGCGAUCCACCGCCAGUGACGAAUUCAGCAUAGUUGUUGGGGGCGGGUGUCCAGGAAGCAGUUGGCAGGCUGUUCAGCUUGUCGCGAGCCCUCGCCGUUCAAUGUGGGAGUAUCGCUUGCGGCGAAAAUCGCGAUACACCACGAGAAUCGAGCUACAUGUGCAAAAAACGAGGCAGUUUACGGUUACUAGGUCGGGAGAGGGCUGUGUCUCUUCCACCGACAAAGAUUAUCGAAGUCUGGAGAAUUUCUUUUCUUGUGGCGCCAUGAUGGGGCGCUUGCCAUUCCCAGACAACCAUGCUGGAACUCAUGGGAUUUCGGCUGGAGUCCUCAGAUUGGUCUAUUUUCACGGUUCCUAAUCGACUUAGACGAUACCCUUGGCGUUGCUCGGCUACUCCGGGCUUCGUUCGAUUCCGGAAAGGAUGCGCCGUUCCUUGCAUACCAAGCAUUGCAUCUGCCGGGCUCGGACUGACCUCGGUGGUAAUAUACACGAUAUGCUGCGGUCGAGUGCAGCGAAUCUUUGGCAUUCUUCGGAGUCACUACUGCAGCAGCAAGAGAGAUCGAAUUGGAGGGUAGGCAAUCCAUGUCGCAUUUGCAAGUUGUCAUUUCAGGACAAGGGCGUGGGAUCAUCACGGGCACCAGCGGCGUUUGCACAAUUGGACUUGGGGGCCUAGGUGGUGUUGACCGGAUGGGCGAUUUUGUUUCGGCGCAAGGGAUUCGGCGGGCGGCGACUUUGUGCGAUCCUUGUACCUGUGCAACACACAGAACAUAUCCAGGAAUGGGAUGGGAACCACAGACGGCAUCGACUUUUUCUUCUUAUUCUGGUGCUCGGUCUUGACAGGAGCAGGACUGAGGCCGCACAAGGCUGUUGUUUCGAUAAGACCACGGAGGAGGGGAAGACGGGUCGGGUCUUCUCAAGACACGCGCACACAAGAAUGACAGAACCUCACGGAACAGAACGGACCGGCAUGACCGACUCCUAUGCGCUCUCACAUCAACCCUUGGGCGGAAUAGUGAUUGUCUGGGCAAACAAGUACGUUGGUUUGGGGAAUUCGAUCCUGGCUCCCGCAAACGCGUGGGGCGGCGAGAUGUUGAAUAGUGUUUGGCAGCGCUUAGUAUCUCAACCCUCAAGCCAAGACGGAGUAUAUACUCAGGCAGUGUUGACUCGAGUGCACAAGACAACUGUUGUGUGUCCAGCCCAGGAAGUGUCGUGAUAGGCCCGGAGACUAAAAACGCAGCUUAUAUUCAUUCCGUGGUCGCAGGCCGACCGAGUGAGGCGAUUCGCCAGCCGACCCGCCGCCAGGCUAGAGCUGUGAUGGUGUGGUUGCAGGCAGCGAAUGGGGGCUCAAGAACGGCUCGUGCCCUCCGCGUGGGGGCCAAUACUAAGUGCAGGUAGGAUUGACGUGGACAGAACAGAGACUAUAUCGGAAAUUUCGACCACACGCACGUGGUGUCAUAUGCAUGAUAGAACAA